AUGAUAGCUCUACAUGUAGUUUGUGAUCUUGCUGGGAAAAAAACAAGUAUUGUGGCAAGGUGGCCUGGCAGCACUCAUGAUUCCCGAAUUUUCAAUGAGAGCUCACUGAAGGAACAACUGGAGGCAAGGGCAGAUGGUGCUGAGUGGCUUCUUGGAGAUAGUGGGUACCCGUGUCUUCCCUACAUGUAUCUCAUGACCCCUCUCCUGAAUCCUCAGGGACGGCCACAGGUACGCUAUUAUGCUGCCCACAAAAGAAGGCGUUGUAUUAUUGAGCGGUCUUUUGGUCGUUUGAAAAGGAGGUUCCCUUGCCUCAAUUAUCUCUGCUUGAAGGUGGACACUACAUUUGCAAUCAUAGUGUCUUGCUCGGUCCUGUGGAAUAUCUCUCUUGACUGGCGCGAGCCAGAUAUUCCAGGACCUGAGCCUGAGGAAAUGCCUCCGCGUGUCCACCUUCCUCCUGGCCUCCACGACGCUGUCGCAGGAAGGCUCAGGAGAGAGCAGAUAAUUAAGGAUCACUUUAAUCGUUAAGGCAUGUCUGUGUAUGUAUAUACAU